UGUUUCGCUAGCCGCCCGUGUCCGAAAGUCUAUCCUGCUUCACCCAUGCCAUCAUGCACCCGCUCUCCACUCAACAGCCUCACACUCGUUAGGCCUAAAACUCUACAGAAUAUACUUUACAGUCGCAACUCAUUACCGAGACAUGCAUUUCGAAGAAUACGAAGGCACACAUCCACGGCGGUCACGAUGAAAUCUACGCGGAACCUUCCGUCCCAACCUACUAUCCCGGAGACAUUGACUGCUCUGCACAAAACUGCUGCCUUCUUGCCUAGAAUACUGCCCAGGAGACCUGAGGCUGUUUCCGAGACUCAGGCAGUGGAAUUCUGGAACGAGGUGUUAGAUACCACAAGGGAUGGUUUGAAUCUUGCUGGUGGAGAGCGUGUUGCGCGUAUUGUCGUAUACGGGUCUGACGAGCACUCUGGUGCGCGGGAACUGGUGACCGCGUUAUUGGAAGACCCGUUUGCGUCGGAAGCACUGAAGCAAUCUGUUCGUGAACGGUGGAAGUCAGGCGACGAUAAUUCUGGUUUAUUUAUUCGCCAUGAUCCACCACCCUCCAGUGGUUCAAUGAAUACCUUGACACUGCAGUCUUCAUGGCUUCAGCAAUUCCUCAUACCAAUCGAGGUCCACGAGUUACCUAGCACUCCCGGAUCCCAGCUUAAGGCCAUUAUUCCCCUGUUUGCGGCAGAUAUACCAAUCAUAGUCUGCAACCCCGUCACAACACCGUUAAAAGGGAUAUUCUCUGAUCACGGCCUUCCUAUACAUCAUCCGAACGCUAUCCUUGUCAUUACUUCUUCUUCAGCGACGCACCAGAGCGUUGAAGAUAUUUACCCCGUUCCACCAUCCCUAAGGAUAUUAUUCGUGGACCCUACACGCGCGUUACAAGGUUUACAGGCCUUGAGCUCAGAUCCUGGAUCCGCAGUGGCAGUUCAGCGGUACCAGGACGACUUUACCGAGUCUGGUGUUAUAGACGUCACUUCGUCUAUCUCGAAUAUACUGUCAAACUCAGAGUCCGACCUACUAGCCUCCUUACGAACUCAGACUGCUCUUCACGCCGUACUCGCAGCGUUAUCUGCAUGUCGGUUUGUUCUUGCAGAUGCAAAGAACGAAACAGACGGCGUGCAUAUUGGUAUCUGCGAUCUGCGAGACGGGGUGGCGGAACUCGAAGCUAGAAUUGGCAUUGAGGUUCUUGGUACAGAUGAGAGCAACGAAGUGAAGGAGGCAGUGACACAAGCAAAGCAGGAAAUCAAGGUCGUCAUGGAUCGUUUAACGUGGUGGAGACUUCUAUGGAAGGUCGAUGACAUCGCUGAAAUCGUGACUACAAGUGUUCACACAACGUGGUGUCGAAACCUUGAGGACAAGUUGAUUUACCAUGCCGGACGCCUUGCUGUAAUGCAGAAGUCACUAGGGACUGCAGCACACACUCUACUACGUUCCUAUGCCCAAUCCUCGCCCUUUCAUUCCCCUGUGCUUCAUAAUACAGUCGCUCAGAUCGAAACAUCCCCGUCAUAUACCGUCAAACCAAGCGCCCUCACGGGACCAAUCCACUUUCGACGAAAUCAACUCUCAUAUCCUACUAACAUGUUACACGCCAGUGCUCAGCGGAUAACGAUUGGUAUGGGUAGUAGCGUCCUUGGCGGAUUUGGUAUAGCUUGGGCAGGAUGGGCAGGCGAGCUAGGUAUUCUUGGUGCUUAUGGGCCAGGGUUGUCGACAGAAACUGCUGCAGGGUUGGGCAUGUUUGGGGCUGUACUUGGAGUGCGGUGGGCUGUUGGUCGGUGGGAAAAGGCGAAGAAAAAGUGGUGGCAAGAUUGGGAUCGAGUCGGGGAAGGGCUCGAGAGGGAUCUCAAGGUCAGCAUUAGCCACCCUGAAACAUACCGUUGAAAAACAAGUGACUGUCGUCCCGGAAACUGUUUGUGAAGGAUUGACCAAGCUAGUGACUCAACGGGAAGAGGAGGUUGAAGCGUUAGAUGAUGAGUUAUGUACGCUCGAAGGUCAGGCACAGUUGACUCGGACUAGUUCGUAGUCGUGCAUCCUGAGAAAGUACCAUAUGCCUGCUCUUGUUUCUUCCCUAGAACAUAGGGGUAAUAUGAGACUUUUCGCCAUGUAAUGAAUUCCAAUGUAUUGCUACGACUUAGUGAAUCUCAGGGCAUCUCGGAAGGGUGAAUAUUCACUGACGGGGAGUUGAAGUGGUCAAUAUUCCAAUUCGCCUACCUCUAGAU